CUGAACUACAUGUCUCAUGUUGCACUGAAAGAUCAAUAUGGCGACUUCCAUGAAGUAAUUAAAUAAAAGUGAACGCUUGUUAUGAAGAUUGAGUUUCAUAAUAAAUUCACACAAAAGUGCAAGCGUCAAAUACUUUAAUAAUUAUGCUCAUUAUUAUGCGAUGAUAGUCAAUGACACUAAAAUUAUACAAAGUGAAAUUCUCAUCAUUCCACUUUUAAUAAAAUGCAUAAAGAAUCGAAGUAUAAUUAUAACAAGUAGAAUCUGAAUAAUAUAAAUAAAAAAACAUGUUACAACAACAUGGAUUGUCAAGGGAUAAAGUACUGUUCCGUAUUUUUAAAAAUAAAGGUCCAACUGCUAGCAGUAUAUGUGAAAAACUGAAAGACGAUGUAAAAAACAUUGUUGUAUUAACGGAGGAUGAACUUUGUGAGUUAUGGAAAUAUAUGAAAACCAUAUUAUUAGAAGCUCAAAAAUUGUGUACGCAAUCAUCCAAUAAAAAGAAUAAAUAUGUGAAAGAAUAUAACAUUAUGAUUAAAUUGAUACGCACAGUAACUGCAAUGGCACUUGAAACAAUUGUACAACGAAAAUUUAUACCUAAUAUUCUAUUACAAAAUAUUAUGUUGUUACAUUCCAUUAUAUUGCCCAGUUUAAGUGACAAGCAGGCUAAGAAUGAAAUAUCCUACCUACUGGAAAACUGGUGGAAAUUAGAUAUGACAUGGAAGGAAAAAGUGAUAGUGAACGCAGUGAAAUAUCUUGUCCAAAGUUGCAAAUCUUCAUUGUUACAUAUAAAACGCUUGUAUGACAUAAGAUGUAGCGUCAAGUUGCUAAAACGUACAGAGGAUGUACAAGAAUUGCUUAAACUUGUUCGCGAGAAAUCUGUGAUGUCGAUUGAAGAAGGUCAAAUGCUAUUCUUGCAUUUGUUUACUCUUGGGGAGCAAUAUAUACUGGGAAUUCAUAAUAACAUAAAAGUAAUAUUACAAGACGUAGGAAACAGUUAUAUUCGUGUCUAUGCAAAUUUGUAUGCAACAGCAUGGACAAAUGCAUCUGCUAAAAUGAAAAAAUUCAUUGCCGAGAAUUGUUUGAAAAAUUUAGUUUUCCAUUGUUUUCGCGCGCACAGAGAUUCAGCGGGAAGAGGGGAACUUGGUAAAAAUUUGCUCAUAUUUCUUACUGCUAUUCACGAGAAUAAAAAUCAAGCAGUAAGAUUAAUGAUUCACAACCAGUGUAAAACUUUACUUUGGAAACACUUAGAGGCUCCUGGUUCCUACGUCAGGUGUAAUGCAGUGGAAAUUCUUUUUGUGACAAGCUCUAUACAUUACACGUGUGCUACAAAAGAUAGAAGUAUAGCUUAUCUUCAAAAAUAUUAUAAAACAAUAGCUCAUCUUUUAAAAGAUUCUGAUCAUCAAGUGUGCAAUGUUACCAUGAGCGGUCUUUUUGAAAUAUUGGAAAAACAUUGGAACUGCGUUCCAAACAAUAUUAUCCGCGAUUGGUUAAAUAUAUUACUACAUUACACAAAAUGCUCGAGUAAUUCUGAAAUGAGAGCAAAUGUUUUUAUUCGCUUGAAAAAAAUUUUAAUCAAGGAACGAUCUCAUAGAAUACUUAGAGAUUUUUUACCAAAUUUUGCACAAAGUAUUUAUGACGAAGACAAAACCGUAGUAGAAGAACUAAUCAAACUUCUACGGCAUGCACAAAAUCAACUCGGAAUUCCGUUCUGGGAUAUUGUACCGUUAACGUACAUUCUUGAUCGUUUAGAGGUGUGUAUGAAUUCACCUAACAUAAAAAUAUUUCUAAAUGUAAAUAAAAAUAAAUACUUUCAGACUACUCAAGACACAAUUUUAUUAGCUGAAUUGAUAAAACUUCUGUGGUUGCGUAUAUCUUCAGAUUAUACAGACAAUCAUAAAAUAAUAGAAGAAAUGGUAUACAUAGGAAGAAAUAAUAUAAAAGCAAUUAGGAGAUUUUGUCUUCAUUCGAAAUUUGUUAUAAACUGGAAUGUCUGUAUAGAGCUUAUUGAAACUAUUUUACCUAUGAUAGAAGAGGAAAUGGAGUGUUUACCUUCGAUGGAAAUAUUACAGAAAAAAUAUAACAAGAAAGCCAAGCUGAGUAAUAAGGAAAAUAAUUGUAAAAAUGGAUAUGUCAAUGAGUUGGAAGAAGAUCUAGACAGUUACAGAGAUGUACAAAUAUAUAUUGACGUUAUUGCUACGUUAUUAGUAGCAAAUGCAAAAAACAUAGAAGAAGAAAAUUUUACUCAAGCGGAGAUAACGGUUUUACAAUCAAUUGCAAAAAUCUUGCCACAAUUUUCUAAAUUUUUCAAGGAAACUUCGAUAAAUGAAUCGGUGUUAUUUUUAUUCUCUUUAAUACCGGCGAAGUUUUUUCUCGAUAAAACUGAAGUCAUAGAGAUGUUGAUGCAGCAAUUGCGUGAUCAUAGUACUUCUGAAGAUACAAUUCUUACAGUUAUAUAUGUUCUUUUGAAAUGGAAUAAAGGACAAACGAUUUUAUUUGCACUGACAAACCUAUUUACAGAGUCAUUAAAUAUAAAUAUACAAACUAACGAGGGCACUUGUAACGACUCGGACGUCUUUAAAAUUAACGAAAGAGGCUUAGAGUUAAGUCUUCGUAUUUUAAAACAUUUAUUACAUGUUGAGUACCGAUCCGUCUUAAUGAAUAAGUAUCAUCAAGAUGUACUUACAUUUUGGGAAAGUUUACAUAGGUGGAGAAUAUUUAUACAAAAAGAACUAGAUAACGAGUACAAUAUAAAUAACGUAAUAUCCAAAGAUUUAGUCGUCAAGUUUUUUUACGAAUACAUAUCAAUGGUCUUUUUGUUAGAUAAAGCAGACGUGUUCAAUGCUUCGGAACAUUUAUCGGAAAUUCUGUUAUGGAUGACAAAGGCAAUAGUACCCCAUAUACCGCAAGUAGACCUGGAUACUGACAGCCAUCAAAUUUGUAUCGAUUUAAUGAAAUGUACUUUCGACAUUUUAAAUCUAUUUAUGAAAGAAUACGAUAGUACCCCAAAGUUAUGUUGUGAUAUUGUACUUUUGUAUAGCAGUUGUUUAACUUCGUUAGGGGGUGUUGCUUUUUUGACUAAUGCAUUUGACGGACUAUUCAAGUUACUAGAUUUUAGUAAAAUGGCUUAUGAAAAUCAGGAGCCAAAUUUGUUAAAAAUCGUCGUACCAAAUUUUGUUUCCAUUAUAAUGGUUACUUUAACCAGAUAUGAUCAAAGUGUCUUGGCCAAACAAACAAAUAAUUUAAAAAUACUGCAUGAAUUGACGCAAAAGUAUUUUUCCGUUAUUAAGAGUACUUUUAAUGACCAGAAAAUGUGUCUCCCCUACAUAACUCUCAUGUUUAACACCGCAAUCAGCAACAUAAGCAAAGAAAUGAUCCGUGUACUCCAAAAUACACCUAUUAAGAUGGAAAAUAUUUUAAUAACAAAUUUCCCUUACUUAGCAACAAAGAUACUCAAAAUAAUUUUAAUUACAAAAAAAUACCAAUCACUGAGUGUUCAGGUGUUAACAAAAACAAUAACAAAUUAUACAAAAAUCGACACGCUUUCCGCUCUAGUAAUAAUUCACAAAAUGGUUAAAUCAUCUGAUAAGACACUUAUCAACAAACUUAGAAACGUGACAUUAACAUUGAAAGAACACGAUCGAGAGUGGUCAUCCGACACUCCCUUUGACAGAUCUAUCAACGAUGCAAUAAAUAUAGUUUUAGAUACUAUAUUGCAAGAGUAACAUAUUGCAGAUUCUAUGAUGUCUUAUUCCUUUAAGAAAAAUUCUUCCAGUAAAGUAAGGUUUGUGCAAUAU